AUGAAUCGAAAUCUAUGUAGCAGUCCUCCAAGACUACAUUAUGAGGAAAAUGAUGAAGACCUCACGCCAGACCUUUCUUCGGAAGACGAAAAUCAUCAGUUACAUUCUGAAGGAUCAGUGGUAAACAACAUCAUUAACAGACGCCGCAAAAUGAGACAAGAUAUCCAUAACCCAUCUUCGUCACCUAUAUCAAAGUCUAAGAUUCAGUAUGACAUCUCAAAACAAAGUAGGCGCGCAAUCCGAGACAGCAGGCUGCUCAAUAACCGCGGCGAUAUGUCACAAUAUGUCAUGGACAAAGAAUGGGAAAAGUCACUGAACCAGCUGAAUGAAGAGGCUGAAAAGCAUGCAAUUAAGGAGGACUACAUAAACGAUAUACUUGAUGACCUCAGCGUCCACAGCAACCAGUCUGUGCCAUCGAACGCGCCUUCCGACGAACCGCAUCGCGACAAAAGCGACUCGAGCAGUGACUAUAACGAACUGCUGCACUUUCUGGAGCAGCAGGAGGAAUACGAGCGCUGGCUGGAGGAUGAACAGCGCCAAAUUGAGGCAAUGAUGGAAACCUUCAACAUCGGCUAG